UGUGCAAUUUUAAAGUAGUCCACCUAUCGACUUAAGUGAUGUUAUAGAACCGGCUGUCUAGACAUGUUGGCCGCUCUCCUCGUGGCCGGCUACUUAGCCCAUGCUACAGCUCAUGAAAUACACGAUGAUCAGAAAGCCCUAUCCGGGCCUCAUCAAUCGUUGUGGUAUAAUGUUUUGCCUGGAGACGGCGGAACACAGGCAGACUCGGUAUUCUCGGGGAUUUCUACAUUUGGGCGCCUACCGUAUCAGCCGUGUCUCAGCAAUGGGGACGUUCAUUACGACCUCGCCUUCAUAGGUGCCCCGUUCGAUACCGGUACAUCCUACCGGCCCGGCGCACGAUUCGGCCCCUCGGGGAUUCGCCAAGGGUCUCGACGUCUCAAUCUUUACGGAGGAUAUAAUGUCCCCCUUGAUACAAACCCCUUUCAUUCCUGGGCGAAGGUCCUCGACUGCGGGGAUAUCCCGGUCACAUCAUAUGAUAAUACCUGGGCUCUAAAGCAGAUCGAAGAAGGCCACUACCGCAUCCUAUCCCGAGCACCCAAAACAAACGCAGAUAAGCCCGGGCCGUCUAAGAACGGGAAGACCUUACCGCGCGUCAUCACCCUCGGGGGUGACCAUACCAUCACUCUUCCCUUGCUCCGUUCCAUCAACCGAGCAUAUGGCCCCGUGUCUGUCAUCCACUUUGAUAGCCACCUGGAUACUUGGCGUCCCAAAGUCUUCGGCGGCUCGCCCUCGGAGGUGGCUAGCAUCAACCACGGGACAUAUUUCUACCAUGCGGCGCGCGAGGGCCUGCUGGCUAACGACAGCAACGUACAUGCGGGCAUCCGGACGACGCUGAGCGGACCGGGGGACUACGAAAACGACGGGUACUGCGGGUUCGAGAUCGUGGAGGCGCGCGAGAUCGACAACGGAAAUGGCACCGCGGGCAUCGUGCGGAAGAUCCUGGACCGCGUCGGCACCGAGAAGCCCGUAUACCUGUCGCUUGACAUCGACACGCUCGACCCGGCGUUUGCGCCCGCCACAGGGACCCCCGAGACCGGCGGCUGGAGCACGCGGGAGCUGCGGACGAUACUGCGCGGCCUCGAGGACGUGAAUUUAGUGGCGGCAGAUAUCGUGGAGGUUGCGCCCGCCUACGAUACGAACGCCGAGCACACGACGAUGGCAGCAGCAGAUGCGCUGUUCGAGAUCAUGAGCAUUAUGCUUAAAAAGGGACCGCUCAGCAACAUGGUGGCCCGAGACGAACUAUGAGCCUGGUGCUCUCUCCCCGCUCCUUUAGAAAGGCGACUCGAGAUGGACUUCGAAAGGGGGAGUGGGGAGGACGGCCGUUGGGGUGGGGGACCAGCAGGGCCGUCUUGUGGUGGACGAGAAAGUAGAGAGAGAUAUUACGUAGGCCCAGCGGACUUUGUUUCAAAAAAAAAAAAAAAAAGGAGAUGGCACUGCGUAGAAACAAGCUGGAAAAGGAGAAGAGAAAGAGGCUACUACGGUUCAGGGUCUAGUGCACGGUGGCCGCGACAUGGGGUGGUCACAAGGAAAGAG